AUGAAGAUUGCCGUCGUUCUCGCUCUGCUGGCCGUGGCUGUGGCCGACAAACUGCCCUUGACCAACCCCCCCGUGGCCAUCCUCCGCAGCAGCCAAGUCAACCCCGACGAGAACGGCGCCCACAGCUCCGACUUCGAGGCCGAGAACGGCAUCGUGUUCCAGUUCUCUGGCAAAGAGGCUGAAGAGGGCGGCGCCAACAUGGUCGGAUACUUCAGCUACCCCCAGGAGGACGGCUCUCUGGCCGAAUUCGUCCUCGACCAGAUCGAGUUCGCCCGCCUCGAGGACGAGCGCAAGGCCCUUGAGUCUCAGGAGGAAUAA